ACAGCGCCUCCUCGCGGACGGCGGCGAAGGCGCGGCCAUGGCGGCGAGCGGCAGCGCGGAGGGCGCGAGCGACGGCGCCGCGCUGUGGGCCGAGGUGCGGGCGCUGCUGCCCCGCGCCGAGGAGGGGCUGACCUUGGCGCUGAGCGGCGAGGUGGAGGACUGCGUCCUGCCGCUGCUGCUGCGGGCCCGGACGCUGCUCUACGGCGCGGCGGGCCGGCCCGGGGCCGGAGCGGCAGCGGCGCUGGAGCGCCUCAGCGACGUCCUGCGCGACUAUUCCUGGGAGAAGCUGAACGCGGGGCCGUGGAGGGAGGUCGGCAAGGCCUGGCGCCAGGUCUACGCCUACGGCUGCCUCUUCGGGGCGCUGGCCGAGGUGGCCGCGGGCCGCCCGCUCGCGCGCGCCGUGCGGCUCUGCGACCUGGGGCUGCUGAUGGGCGCCGCCAUCCUGGACAAUGUCCUGUCGCGCCUGGCGCGCGCGCUGCAGCCGCACCUGCCCCGCGCGGCGCCGAGCGGCGGAGCUCGUGCCGAGGUAGCGCCCCGCACCCCCCAGCCCCCCUCGCGGCCCGGCCGUGCUCGCGCUCCCCGCGCGGGGCCGCUCCGGCUGCUGAGGGAGCGUCCAUUCCAGAGGCUCCGGCUGCAGCCGCCGCCUCCUGCGCUGCAGCCGCAGGAGGUGAUUCCGCACCUUCGCUGUCCUUCGCUGGAGCGCUUCAGGGACUGCUACCUCAUUCCCCAGCGGCCCGUGGUUCUGGAGGGCGUCAUGGACCACUGGCCGUGUAUGAAGAAGUGGAGUGUGGACUACUUCUGUCAAGUCGCAGGGUGCCGCACAGUCCCUGUGGAGUUGGGUGCUCGGUACACAGAUGAGGAAUGGUCUCAGCAGCUCAUGACUGUCAGUGACUUCAUCAGCCAGUAUAUCAUGGAUGAGAAAAAUGUAGGAUACCUUGCCCAGCACCAGCUUUUUGAUCAGAUCCCAGAACUUAAAGAAGAUAUCAGUAUCCCUGACUACUGCUGCUUGGGGGAAGGAGAAGAAGAUGACAUCACCAUUAAUGCUUGGUUUGGUCCAGGAGGUACAAUCUCACCUCUUCAUCAGGAUCCCCAGCAAAAUUUUUUAGCCCAGGUAUUUGGAAGAAAGUAUAUCCGUCUCUACUCACCACAAGAUUCAGAAAACCUGUACCCCCAUGAAAGCCAAAUUCUUCACAACACUAGUCAGGUUGAUGUAGAAGAUCCAGACUUGGUCAAAUUUCCAAAUUUCAAAAAGGCCACAUUUCAGUCCUGCAUUCUGAUGCCUGGACAGAUUCUGUUUAUUCCAGUUAAAUAUUGGCACUAUGUGCGAUCGCUUGAGCUCAGCUUCUCCGUUAGUUUCUGGUGGUCAUAGCUCUGAAAUGUAGUCAGCAGCACUGAAAAGGGAAUUAAAAAUCAGGGAAGUAGCAUCUCUCUCUCAGGAGAGGUUAGAGGUGGAGUAAAACCAAAAACCAACAAACUCUUGCUAAAGCAUGGAGAAGUAGUCACAACAGGUAAGUGGAAAGAGUGUGCUGUAGCCAUGUCAUUUCUGUAUGUUUCUAAUAACUCCUAAAGACUAUGUGUUAGGUCCUGUGUGCACAUCCCUCAGAAACAGCCUGUGUACAGGCACUACCAGGGCUCUGCCUGAGUCUCUUUAUCUCUCUCUAUUUGGACUUAGAAACACUAAACCCUGGAGUUAGCUACAGAGAUGGUGUUACCUAAAGGUUCAAUUCAUUAAAAAAUUAAUCUAACACCAAGCAAGGUACUAGUCUCCUGCAUGGGAUAAGUUACUUAUGUCCUGGUCUGGCCAGGAUAGGGUUAAUUUCUGCAGCCAGGAGGGGCAUGGCCCAGACCCAGAGGUUCCUCUGUACCACCUCAACCUGCCACCGAUGCAGGCCAGGGGCAAGAAGGGGCUCCUUGGUCUCUUAGUGAUUGUAUGUAUGAAUCUUUUUGUGUGAAUCUUUUGUAUCUCUUGUACACUUUGUUAUUGAUAUUGUUGCUAUUACUGCUCAUUUUCUUACUCCUUUGCUGUUUCCAGUAAAUUGUUCAUAUUGCAACUCAUGAUCUUGAUCUUUUGGGCCUCCCAGUUCUCCUGUCUGUGAGGGGAGAAGUAUGGGGAAGAGGGAGUGAGCAAGCAUCUCAUGGUUUGGAGCAUUUUGGUGCAAACACUAAUUUGGAGAGUACCAUUCCUAAAGCACAUCAUCAUGUUAAAGCCUAGAACAUAACUGAAGUUAACCCAUAAUUUAAUUGCAGUUAGAUAACCUGAAGUUUAAUUAUGCUUUGAUUAACCAUCACCUGAACUGCUGCUGCAGCCUUUCUGCAGCAUCACACAUCUCUACCAAGGACAAGAACGCUGCCAUUUCAGUCUGGGGUGGGGCAAUAGCCAGUCCUUAGCUCCUUUCCAAGUCACUCUUAAAGGAAAAAGCAUCCUUAAUUAAAACUGGAGACAGAAGUGCCAGGACUAAAAACCUAAAGAAUUUCAAUAUGCUAAUUUUUUCAGCACUUUGCAGACAUAAGCUAACAUUGCCCCAAGUCCAGUCGUACUGCUUCCCAAUCCUUCUGUGGCAAUAUUCCCUCACAGCUGCUUGUGACCUGGCCUUAUGUCAAGACAAACUCUUUUGCAUCUAUAGAAUGGACAAAACACAACCACAGUACCAAUUAGAAGUGUUCCAACUCCAGCCCUAGGUCAGAGACUCAGCCAGCUGCCUUGCACAUACUGCUCUGAUUUUUCACCUGCUUAACAUGCUACAGCAGGUGUCAUUUCCCUUGAGCAACUGAAUUUGUACUGUCCCUGUACAAACAGGGAGCACUUGCUGAGAAAGGCUUCU